CUCACUUCACGCACGCUCUUGCCUCCAUUCUCUCGCACGUGCCGUUCUCUGAGUUACUGGCGAUGCCUGUUCUCUGAGUCACGCCUUCCUCUCGCAAUAUGUCGACCCGAAGCCCGAUCUACCCUAGAACAGGAACUAUCCAGCAAAUCGCCUCAGUCCUGUCGCAUUACCUCGCGACCACCACUCCGCAGCCUCUUCUUUGAUCACGCCCCUCUUAGCCGAUCAUGAAGUUCGGCAAGCAUAUUCAGAAGCGGCAGCUCGAUAUACCGGAGUACGCAGCGAGCUUCGUCGACUACAAGGCUCUCAAGAAGCUCAUCAAGAAGCUCAGCGCGACACCGGUGCUCGCAGCCUUACAUCAGGGUCCCAAUGGCGAGCCUCUGCAGGAGUCGCAAGCCUCGUUGCAGGCGAACAAAGCAACGUUCUUCUUCCGUCUCGAGCGCGAGCUGGAGAAGGUCAACACUUUCUACCUCCAGAAAGAAGCGGAGCUCAAACUUCGCCUACGAACUCUGCUAGACAAGAAGGCAGGCGUGCAGUCUCGCGCAACACCGGCCUCGAAGUUAUCUUCGAGCUAUGUCACAUUGGACGAAGGCUUUCGGCUCUUCAGCAACGACCUCGACAAGCUACAGCAGUUCGUCGAAGUCAACCAGACAGCAUUCUCCAAGAUACUGAAGAAGUGGGACAAAACCUCAAAGUCCCGAACCAAGGAGCUCUAUCUGUCAAGAGCAGUCGACGUGCAGCCAUGCUUCAAUCGAGAUGUGAUUAGUGAUCUAUCCGACCAGGCCACCACCGGACUUCUCGUGCUGCAAGCCUGGGCAGAAGGCGAGAAAAUUGCAUACACUCCUGCCGUCGAGCUCGAGAACAGGAUCCAGCCCUCAGCGCAAGACGAGGAGGUUGAGUACCAGGUGCUGCAAGCAAUCAAUGCUGGCAAUAUUGGUCUCGUCCGCGAAUGGUCCAUACGCACUGCUGCGAGUCCGGAUGCCGCCGAGCGCAUCAGCCGCGUUUUCCUCCAUACUGUCAACCAUGCAGCGCCUAGCGCUCAAGACAUACUCUACGCCACAGGCUUGGUCAACUUCAACUUCGCAGACGCAAUCAAUGAGCGCAAUUGCAUACACGAGGCUGCAGUAAGUGGCAGAUCCGACGUGCUCACAGUAGCUCUCUCGAAAGGCGCGAACAUACGGGCACCAGAUGUUUAUGGGCGCCUACCACUGCAUUAUGCGUGUAUGCAUGGCCACGUGGACAUGGUGAAGGCACUGGUCGUUUCCGCUCCCGAUACUGUGGACUUCAAGGAUCUGGAUCACUUCACCCCUCUGAUACACGCGAUUGUGCACUCUCAGCCGGGAAGCGUGCAGGAGAUGCUGCAAUUUGGGGCCAUCGUGAAUCAGGCGAGCAGUACCAGUCACAUUCCACUGAACCUGGCUUGCCAGUACGGCUCAGCUCCCAUCGUUCAGCAGAUCCUGCGAUUCCGACCUGCCAUCAUCCCUGACGCAGAAGGCUUGUACCCACAACACCUUGUGGCACGAUUUGGCAGAGACAAUCGGAUACUCCAGAUGUUGAAAGAGUAUGGUGUGGACAUGGAUCAGGCCGACAAACUGUACCAAUGGACACCGAUAUUCCACGCUGCAAGCGAAGGGCAUCUCGACAGCUUGCGACAACUCCUGGAAUUCGACGUUGACCCAGCAGCUCUCGACGAGAAGGAUCUCAAUGCGAUGUACUACGCCGCUUGGGAAGGAAAGCUGGACUGUAUGCAACUGCUUGCGCAAGCUGGAGCUGGCGCAACUGGAGAUGGAUUUGUGCGAGAUCCAAUGGACCUGCAGCCUGCGCCUGGGCAGCCACCGCCGCUGACUAUAACAGCAACACCGACUCAGGCGAACCAUGAUGCGGAAAAUAUCCCCUCUCUCGAAUUGCCGCCCCCCAUCAUUCCGCUUCGAAGAUAUGGACACAACUUCCUCGAUACUACGAAGACGUUUAUCCAGCUCUCUUUUGUCGAAGGAGAUGCGAUUAAGUUUUAUGGUGAUAGCAAGUACCCCGCCGCGCGACUGACUGUGUCGUCGAAGUCGUCCGACUUGAUACCACGGAAUCUGCCUUUACCAAUACAAGAUGACUUCAAGAACCUCUCGUUCCAGAUUGAAGACUUGGAUAACUUUAGCAUCGACUUCGAUAUCUUCCCGACAUUCGGGAGCAAAGUUAUCGCCCGCGCAGCUGCGUCCAGUCGCGUGUUUACUGGCAAGGCGAAUAGCUCUGGUGAGUGGCAUCUCGAGCUGUUUGAUCCUCGGCUGCGCGCAAUUGGACGUAUUGCCUUCCGAUACCAGGUCGUCACACCAUUCCAUGGUAUACCGCUUGAGAUCACACACUUUGCAACGUACUGGAAAGCCACAAGCCAAUUCGAAAAUCAUCCGAGUAACCUAAUCACUGGUAGCAGUCUGUCAGGAGACUUCUUGCGACUAUUUGUGCAAGUGACUUCAGACGGCGUACCUGUAUUGUUCAACAGCUGGGCAUUACCAAGCAGUCGCAACGAUCUCGUUAGCAGACUGACAUACCAGGAGUUUAGAGAUAGCGCGCUCCAGGCUGGUCUGGGCAAGGGCGUCAUCAAAGAGCUCGUGGGAAACGGCAUUGAUCGCGAGAAUCUCGCUGUUGCUCAGCAGAAGAUUGCCCAAUCAUGCUCUUCGCUCGAGUCCACAUUGGCGAUACUGCCUGCGGAUUUGCAUGUGGAGAUCCAUGUAUGCUAUCCAACAAGAGCUGAGGAGGCAGCUCUACGGCUUGGACCCACGCAGAACAUCAACGUCGUGGUUGACGGUGUGCUCAAGGUGGUCUUCGAUCAUGCUCGGCACUUACGUGAGCUCAAAGAUGGUCCACAAAGAAGCUUCGUCUUUUCCAGCUACAAUGCGGAUAUCUGCACGGCGUUGAACUGGAAGCAGCCAAAUUAUCCCGUGCUUCUCUGCAACGAACUUGGUGUAGCGCCUACCACGAACGAUCGAGCAGCCACAGAUUCCAAUAUCGUGACCAGCUGCGGCCGAACCGACAUGAGCAUCAAGGAGUCAGUUCGCAUUGCACAGAGCAACAACUUCAUGGGUCUGAUCUGCACUUCACGGUUGCUCGAUCUGGUCCCUGCACUAGUUUCUAGUGUGAAAGAGGCGGGGCUGGUUCUCAUAUCUGACUACAGCAACGACCGUACGCGAACGCGACCACCGACUGUGCUCAGCAUUCCCAAGGGUGCUGACGGUCUAUUACUUCACAAUGCAGUGCUACGCUUCAAGGAUCAAAUUGAUCAGUGAUACCAAUUCGGCGACAGGGACGCUUUGGGGUGCAUGAUGACGAUAGAGACAGCGACAUUGGCGUGCAAGGUCAACUGAGCGUGGCGUUUGAAUACUAGCCAAAUCGCAUCACAUGGGAAUACCAAGACGCGAAAGGGGAGGAAUCUGUGAUCACUUGCGAUUCCCUAAUGAUGAAAUAGACCGUUUGUCUAAUAUGAAAAGUUCAAC